UGCCGCCGUGGUUGCCAGGCAACGCGGUCCCUGCCGCCGCCGGCGCGGGGUUCAACCCGACGAUGGGGCCGCGGGGCCUCCCCCGACUCCUGCUGGUGCUCCUGGACUGCUGGGCCUCCGUGAACGCCCAAGCCGGGACCACCCUGGUGGUGACAACGGAGGGCCUCAACUCUACGGAACCAGCCCCGACGACUCCCCGACCUGCCUUGUCUGCUAGGCCCCCGGGCACCCCCAGUGCCCCCGGACCCUCCUCCGGUCCCAGGCCCACCCCGGUCACGGACGUUGCUGCUUUGUGUGUCUGUGACCUGUCCCCAGCACAGUGUGACGUCAACUGCUGUUGUGAUCCUGAUUGCAGCUCCGUGGAUUUUAGUGUCUUUUCUGAUUGCUCAGUUCCAGUUGUCAUGGGUGAUAGUCAGUUUUGUAGCCAAAAAGCAGCCAUCUAUUCGUUGAAUUUAACAGCAAACCCGCCCCAGAGGAUAUUUAAAGUUGUAGACCAGAUCAAUCCAUCUAUUUUCUGCAUUCAUAUUACAAACUAUAAACCUGCAUUAUCCUUUAUUGAUCCAGAAGUGCCUGAUGAAAACAAUUUUGAUAAAUUGAUGAAAACAUUCCAUGGUUUUUCAUUGAAUACAGAAUCAGAUGUUUCUUUAACAAACGAACCAGAUGUUCCAAAUACUACUAAAUAUGAGUAUGGGGUUCUUCUGCAGACUUCAGAUUCAUUUUUGAGAUUGCCUUCCCCCCUUAUGUCAUCUCUGUGCACUGAUAAUAACCCUGCAGCAUUUCUGAUGAAUCAAGCUGUUAAGUGCACCAGAAGGAUAAACUUGGAACAGUGCGGAGAAAUGGAAGCUCUGCGCAUGGCUCAUUACAGCAGCCCUAACAUUUUGAGGGUACCUAAUUCAAAAACAAAGGUCCCUAUCACUGUCCAGUCCAUCGUCAUUCAGUCUCUAAAUAAAACGCUCACCCGGCUGGCAGACACGCACGUAUUGGAGCCGGUUCUUGUCGAAGAGGCUGGGGCUGUUAAAGUCUGCACCAAGGUCGUCCUAGAGGUAAAGUACAGUCUCACAUACACAGAAGCAGGUGAAGUAACAAAAGCCGAUCUCUCUCUCCUUCUGGGGACAGUGAGCGAGGCAGAGCUUCCACUCCAGCAAAAGUUUGAAAUUCAUUUUAUUCAGCAAAAUACAAAGCCAGUUCCUCUCAGUGGAAACCCUGGUUAUGUUGCGGGCCUCCCGCUGGCUGCUGGAUUUCAGCCUCACAAAGGGUCUGGGAUUAUUCAGACCAUGAAUAGAUAUGGACAACUUACUAUUCUUCGUAGCACAGCUGAGCAAGACUGCUUGGCAGUAGAGGGGAUUCGGACCCCAGUAUUAUUUGGUUACAAUAUGCAAUCUGGCUGUAAACUAAGACUGACCAGCACGAUCACGUGUCCACUUGUCGUGGAGAAGGUGAAGAGCCUGCUGAAGGGUCAGGGCUUCCCAGAUUAUGUGGCCUCUUUUGGAAAUUCUCAGGCCCAGGAUGUGCUGGACUGGGUGCCUGUCCACUUCAUCACCCAGGCACCCCACACGAAGGAUGUCUGCCAGCUCCCGCUGGCUUUGGUUAUAGAAGUGAAGUGGACUAAAUACGGAUCCUUACUGAACCCACAGGCUAAAAUAGUCAACGUAACUGCAAAUCUAAUUUCAUCCUCAUAUCCUAAGACCAACUCCGGAAAGGAAAGGACGGUUCUUAUUUCCACUGCGGUUACUUUCGUGGAUGUGUCUGCUCCUGCAGCGGCAGGCUUCAGAGCUCGGCCAGCCAUCAAUGCCAAGCUGCCCUUCAAUUUCUUCUUCCCAUUUGUUUGACAGCGCUCAUAUGAAAGAACGCCUCAGUAUUCACGUAGAACGUGAAAACUGCAUUUGAUGAGAUUAAAUGUUGUAUACAACUAGUGACUGUCCAUUUUCAAGCAAGAGUCAAGUGUUCAACAUGAGAAACAGCUUAUGAUACAUUUGUGAUACAGUGCAGGUGGGAAUGGGAUGGGAAGCCCUCGGUCACACCGAGGAAGAGAGAGAGCCUUCCGGAAGACUGUCCCUCCAGGAUCCAAGCUGGGUAGGAGGCAGAGACAUCAGACCAGCCCUGUCCCGCAGAUGCCCCACGCGUCUCAUUCACAGCCACAGCCCGUGAGGCGGCGUCUCUGGAGUGGAGCAGGGAUGCCUCUAGUUCACCUCCCCCAGAAGUCCGUGCUGUCUCAGUAGCUUGUUAAGUCUUUCAAUUUCUUGUUCCUGUUAUUACAAAAGCAGAGAAAUAACUGAAUUUACCUCUGAGCCUCAUCAGGGAUGUGACCAUCAUUCCGUGAGCCCUGGUACGAGGACAGGCCACGCGGCUUGUGGAGUCCGUCCGCUGAAGGCGACUGCCACCCUCAGACGGGGUCCAGUGACAAGAGGAGGGACGCCCAGCCUAGCUCUGGGAAGGAGGCAAGGACAGGGAAGGCUUGGCCAGGGGGAGGGGUGCUCCUGGCUCAAGGCCCACAGGAACGAAGGCCUGGCGUGAGAAGCACUGUGCUGAGGCGGGCAACUGCCAACAGGUGGUAUUUCCCCAGAAGUGCUUUCUUACCUUCUCAGAGCAGCUGAACUCAAGGUGCUGGAUCUUGGCAGCCAAUUGCACAUUUAUCUGUUUUAACCUCAACAGUUGCCGUUCUGAACGUGUCUUAACUGAGAUAAUUAUUCCUGAAAAAUAAUUGAGGGUCUCAAUGAUCCUGGAUUCUAAUUUAACCACUUGAAAAAAAAAUCUGUGUUCCUUAUAAAUGUAUACAGUUGAGAAGAGUGGUGACAGACAAGUAAAACAGUCAUUGCUUAAAGGCAUCUGAA